AUGGUAGACUAUGUCUCCUCAGAUCAUAUAUAUGGAGUGGUAGGGAAAUCCUCCUCCGGAGUUGAUGGUGAAAACCUCUUCCAUGUAGCGGAGUUGAUGACUAUGGGUCUGACUGGUUUAACCGCUGCGGUUGCGCGAUAUAGAGCGGUACAGAGUGGUAUAGAGCGAUUCAAAGCGGUUGUCGUGAUUGUUAUAAACCGCCGAAAACCGCUACGAACCGCAAACGCUGCGUUUGCGGGUGGUAGCGGGAGAACCAAUCAAACCGCAAACGCUAUCUCCUCCCAGAUCUAA